GACAACCAGUGCCUAACGCCAAUCUGAGAUACAGGACUACACCAAUUUGUUAAAACGGAUGCAACAGAGAAGAAGUGAGGAGGGAAAUGCCUCCGACAGAUUAUCGACACAGAGACUCCGUUCACUGGCAGUCAUUUCAGAGGGGCAAGGAGUAUCCCGCAACGCGCGAAUGCGUCUUGGUUACCGAGUUGGAUGCGUUCAUGCCAUUGCUAUAGCUAGCUAAUUGGAAACUGCUAGACCUUAUCGCAAUGGAUGCAACAACAAAACCCCUAAGAAUUCCACCUGAAAUGUCCAUUUAUGCAGAAGAGCACGACAUAUAUGAAUUGGUCCAGUCAUUGGUGAUAAGUCUAAUGGUUGAUAAGCCAGAGGAUCCUAUCCAUUAUCUAAUCAGUCUUCUCAAAAGAGGCAAUUUUGAAGAUCUGCAAUCAUCUGGGUGCAAUCAAACUGUUAUCUUUUUGGUUGUGAACAACAGGCAAGUACCCAAAGUAAUGUUGUUAGGUCCACCGUUCUCAGGGAAAACAACUAUUGCCCGGAAGCUUUGUGAACACAUUAAAGCCAUCCAUAUUACAGCCAGUAACAUUCUGAAGGAAUCCACUGACCUUACAAAGAAGGCACAAGAAUACACAGCAAAGGAACAGGAAAUUCCUGUUGACAUUUGGAUCAAGUUGAUUCAGCAAAGGCUGUUGAAAAUUGACUGCGUCCGACAGGGCUGGGUGUUGGAAGGGAUUCCUCAGACGCACAGAGAGGCUGUAUCCCUGCAGGAGGCUGGAGUCAUUCCGGAUCAUGUCGUGUUGCUAGAGGCUCCUGACGCAGUGUUGAUUGAACGGAGCCACGGCAAGAGAGUAGACCCCAUCACCGGUGAUAUAUACCAUGUCACGUUCAUUUGGCCCGAGGAUAAUGAAGUUGCGCAUCGUUUGGAGCGCCAAACAUCUGAUUCAGAAGAGCAGGGAGUCACCCAGCUGAUGAAGCAACAUCAGGAGGUUACCGCCCUUCGCAGGACCUACCAAUACUGCCUGAAGAGCAUUGAUGCCGACCAACCGUUUGUGGACGUGUUUGACCAAGUGCUGACGUACGUUCUCUCUCGGCAUCGUUCCGUGGCCCCUCACACCCCAAGGGUACUCCUCUUUGGGCCCCCGGGCUCAGGCAAGAGCCUGCAGGCGAAACUCAUCUCUCAGAAAUACAACACGGUCAAUCUCUGCUGCAGUGAGCUUCUGGAGGCAGUUUGUGCCGAUGCCACCAGUAUGGGAGAGCUCAUUAAACCUUACCUGGAGUCUGGACAGCAAGUUCCAGACAGCAUGGUGCUGCAGAUCCUAACAGAUCGUCUCAGCAAGCUGGACUGUACCACGCGGGGUUGGGUGCUGCAUGGGUUUCCCAGAGACCUGGAACAAGCAGAGAAACUCCAGGAGGCCAACUUUAUCCCCAGCAGGGUCUUUUUCUUGGAGAUGACCGAUGACGUGGUUAUCGAGAGAGUCUCACUGACAUCAGUUGAUCCAGUCACUGGAGAUCGGUAUCAUUCUCUGUAUAAGCCAGCGCCCAGUCCCAAGGUGCAGGGUCGUCUGCAGUUCCAUCCCAAGGACUCAGAGGCCCAACUGCUGCAGCGGCUAAAGGAGUACUGGGCCAACUCAUCCUCCCUGCAAGCCUUUUACCCAGAGGCUGUGCACAUCAGUGCUGACCAGGACCCACACACCGUCUUCGAGUCUCUAGAAAGUCGUCUAGUUGUACCCCUUCCGAAGUCCCUGCCAGUAAAAGGAGAAAACAGCACCUGAGGUCACAUCAUGAUAUCUCAGCUCAUGAUUUACCUUAUUUUUGCUUUAACAAAGUUUUUUUUUUUAAUAAAAAACAAUUAAUAGUAAUGUUAUUGGUUAAAAUAAAUAGAAUAGUCUAUAGUUCACCCACUGAUGUUGUUGUGGUAAUUUCUUUCUGCAUCCACUCCAUGCUUGUGGCCUGCCGACCCUGAUCCUCUCCCACAGGGAAGCAUGGCCCCCUGGUUAACUUGACACUUCAUUAAGAUAUAGAAGUAAAACUGCUUCUAGGUUCAAUCCUGUGUACCGGGAAGCCAUUAGGUCCAUGUCACUAAGCACACGCGUAGGAAAAAGUGCUGCUUUGAAUAUGAACACCCCUGACCUGCUCCUUAUACUGUUAUCCCCCCUAG